CAUUAAACAACCCAUUUAUUUCUUAAUUUCGUUAAAAUCGAAAUAUCCCAAUAAAUAUUGUUAUAUGUUGAUUUUCUGCGGCAGUCCUUUCGAACAUGGCUACAGAUAAUUGCGUACAAUUGCUAUCGAAUUAUCGCGACAUAUGUUCUUAAGAAAUUGUGUGUAAAUUAAAAUAUUUUAAUUUGGUAGCACCGUCAGCCAGGUAAUUUCAGCUGAGAACGUAUAUUAUAUACGUUCUCUGAUUUCAGAGUAAUUUUACCUGGUUCAAAGGAACAAAAUUGACAGGUCGAACAGUUAAGUUUAAAAGGAAAUCAGCUACCAUUUUGGAAGGAUAAAUAAACUGUGAAGUUUCGCUGAAAAAUUGUUUAUUAAAGUUAUUUUGUUAUAAAAAAAUAGAAUAAAAUUGGAUAUUUAAACAAAUGAACCGUAUUGAAAUUGCGAACCUAAUCGAUCUCAGCAUUGAGGAUGGAGAUAAACAAAUACAAGCGUUGCAUCAAAGUAAUGCAUCGCCAAAUAAUUUGUCCAAUUCCGAACCAUCAAUUAUGGAGUGUACAUUACCAGAGUUUCUAAUUGUUGAAAAGGGAGAAGGACGUGAAAGUCUUGACAACAACCCUUUUGACUUGGCGCAAAAAUUAUCAACUCGCCCUGAAGAUCCUUUUGAUAUAGUGGAAAAAGAGGCUUGUGUAAAGGCACGCUAUUCCAUGCAACCCCAAAAUGAAGUUAAAGUAGGAAAGCUUUUAUCACUUAGCGAUGACAAUAUACUAGGUGAUGAUGGUACAUGGGAUGUUAAAGACACACCUACUUUGGAUAACAGUGAUAUUAAAAAUAUCAUGUCCAUUGCUUCAAACUGCAGUUUAUCAAUUUAUCAUUCUGCUAUAGUUCGCGAGUUAGAUAGUGAGAGCCCACCAAUUUCUAUGUCCAUUAAAUCUACGCCAGAUACUUGUAGCUCAGCGAUAGAAAGCGAUGAAAGUUCCGCAAAUAGUACUGAUGGCUAUUCGGCUAAAAUACGAAAAGCAAUAGAAAAUAGGAAACGUCUACUUAAAUUAAGCAUAGCAAAUUCAACAUUUAAUUCACCAUUGAGUUGUCGAUCUCGACAGGCAGAUAGUGGAUUUUCAACAGUAUUUUCUGCUGCUGCGCACUUCAGUGAUUAUAUGCUUGCGACGGAGUCGCCUUUGAAAUUAGUGGAUGAUAAUCUCCUCACGGAAGAACCACCAAAAUUAUCAGAGGCCGAAAAUGAUUUUGAGGCCGAUCUAGAAAUGUUGAGCAUUCCCAUGUUGAGGAAAUUGCCUUCACCAGUUCCUGAAGAGACUUCGUUAUUGACAAAGGAAGCAGAAGAUGCAACUCCUGCGCCGCAAAAUGUGACACUUUCGGAUUUAUCGGCGAUACGAGAAAAAUUACGAGCAAAGCGAAUGGAGGCUUGUAAGGGCCAAGAUGUUGUGUCUUUAAUAGAUAACUUAAAAUCUUUGUUAUGCGAGAAUGAAAUUGUGAAUGAUGAUAAAAAAGAGAAAGCAAAUUUUUUGUUAAAAAAACUGAGUACAGCCUUAAAUACUGAGAAAUUUGGAGAUACUAACGAUGAGCUAACGAAAAAUGUAGAUGAUAGUGAACCAUUAAUGCAAGGGCCUCAAACUAUUGUGCGACAGGGAACUUUUGAUUUAGAAUUAGAGACGAAAGCCGACAAUGGUUGUGACAAAACUAGUGGAACUUCAGCAUCAAAUGGUGAACAUUCACAAAUGACACAUUCCAUUCAGUCUACUCAAUCUUCGCCACCUACAAAAGAAAUGCCAGAAGUAAUGUUAAAAUCCUCUGGUACAUUUGAUGGCGAACCAGUAGCGGAAAGGGAGAAUCUACUCUUACCGCAUGUCGACGCUCUUUCACCAAUAACAUCGCCAAACUUUAAACCAUCCAUACAGAACACUGCCGCAAGAAAUCCAGAUGUGAAUGAUAUCAUCGAACAAAUAGGCAAACUACUUGAACAACACCAAAUUGCUAACCAAACAUCUAAUGGUACGAAGCGUAAUAAUUCAUCAGAAAACAACCCAUUACAGCAAUCCACAAUGUGUAACCCCACAUUUAUUGUUGUUAUGCCCACAAAUUCAUUACAACCAUCUAAUACCCAAGAUACCUCCAAUUGUAAUGAUGCAUUUGAUGAUAUGGAUAUUAAUAUUAUACCACGUAGGCGUGCGCAAUCUUUAUCAAUACAUGACAAAGUUAAAUUUGUACAAUUGCCAAUACGGUCGCAAGCAACCCCAUAUAUUACAGCUGAAUUACAGUCUCCUGUUAUUGAGGGGCAAUCUCAAAUAAAUACCACUACAAUAGAAAUGAAAACGCCAAUACGUUCUACACAACGGCGGAAUUCGUUUUCCAGUGGUACACCAUAUACACCUCUCAGCUCAUUAAAUCACGGAACCGGUGCGACAAAUUCUCGACGUUUACAAAACACUUCAACAAUCCAGUCGCGUUACUCACUCGGUCCUUCUAAAUUACAAAAGCAUGAAUCUCAACAACAUGCCGUUAUGCAUCCUAUUUCACGAACCAAUUUGAAUGUUUUCAAACCUGAUUUAAAGAAAAGGACCAAAACUCAUUCUGCGAAAACUUCGAUUAUGGCAUCCAAGGGUCCACUUAAAGCGAUAAUGCCCAUUAAGAAAGUAGCACCUAUGCUUACAGCUACAAUUGCUACCCCAGAACGACCUAAUGUAAAUUCACGUAUACCCUCACAAACCACUAACAUGGAAACUUCAAUGAAUUUACUUACCACGGCGGGAAAAUUAUCCAAUACGAGCACACCAAUGCCACCAACCCGAAGUGGUGAACAGAUUUCAGGUUUUCCUAACGCAUGCUCAACGCCAGCAGUUUCCAGUAUUGCUAAAAGACCCAAUGGCACGAUAAUAAAGAAAAACCCUCGUUUCUCAAUCUCUACACCGUCAAAAUUACAGCAGCCACUUGCAAAUACUUCGGGAGUCAAGAAACGGGCUUUACCUGAGUUGACGAAGGCCAAGUCACCGGUGCGAUCGCGAAAUAGUUUAGGCGGGAUGUCCGUACCAGUAGUAAAAGGUAGACAGUCGAUGGUGAAACAACCGAAUGUUUCAAAACAGACAACAUCUCGAUUGAGCACGCGAUUAAGUUCUCGCUCAUCGAUCUGUGCCGGAUCUACAGCUACUAAUAAGGAGAAUAAAACGCCUUGAAUUAUCGAAAUAAACAAGUCGAUCAACCUCUUACUAUUUCUGUUUGCACUUGCCUUUUUUUUAUCAUUUCUCUAUUAUUUAGUGAAUAAUCGAAGAUAUCUGCAGAAAAUCUGCUAUUGUGUGUCUGUUUCGUAAUUAUAAUAUGUUUAAUAAUAUUGUU